AUGAUCAUGAGCUCCUUCUGCAUAGGUGGAGCUCUCGUAUCGAUUGAUUCGGUCAUCGUCAGCGUUGCACUUCCCACGAUUGCGGAUACGCUGAACAUGAACUCAGCCGAAUAUUCGUGGAUCGAGUCAGCCUACUUGCUAGCCGGAGCUGCCACGAUGCCCGCCUGUGAGCCGGUGUCUGACUCCGUGGGGCGGAAACUGGUCCUGGCCUUUGGCUUGACAUUGUUCUUGCUAGGGAGCAUUCUUGCAGCUCUUGCCCGCCAUCCAUCACUGCUGAUCGCAGGACGAACUGUACAAGGAAUCGGCGAGGGAGCUUUCACCGUCAUGGCCAACGUCUGCUUCGCGGACUUGUUCUCGUUGAGCGAGAGAGGCCUUUACAUUGCCAUGUACGCCGGGGCGAGCUGCCUUGGCGCUGCAUUAGCUCCGCUAAUAGGCGCCGCCUUGACGAGAGGGCCUGGAUGGCGGUGGUGCUUCUGGAUAGCUCUGCCAUUUACCACUAUCGCUUUGGUCCUCGCCCUGAUCUUUCUCCCAUUCCCACUGGCAAAGUCGCCCAAGCCACAGGAUCUCCGGAGAAUCGAUGUCUGGGGAAUUUUGCUCGUCACCUCUUGUACCGUUCUGCUGCUCCUGGGCCUGCAAUUUGGCGGCAUCUUUCUGCCGUGGCAGUCCGCGGUAGUCAUCAGCUUACUGUCGGUGGGAGGCGCGGUACUUCUCGUCUUCAUAUGUCAGAUCUUCUGGCGUCAUCCAGCUCGGCCGCUCAUGCCUCUCCACCUCUUUCGGAACCGGACUGGUGUUGCUUGUCUCUCGAUAUCGUUUUUCCACGGCUUCACGUACCUUACCGUGCUGUACUACGUACCGCUCUACAUGCAGCUAGUCCUGGAGAUUGGACUCAUUCGAAUCGGUUGUUUGCUUCUGACAACGGCGGUACCGACGACAAUUUUUACCAUCCUCGCUGCCUUGAUCAUCCGAAAGACCGGCCGCUACGCUCGGGUCAUCCAGACGAGUACUGCUUUCAUGGCAUUUGCGCUGGGUCUCUCGAUCACGUUGCCCGCUUACAGAAGCUGGCCGCGAUUGAUCCUGUUCCAGCUCAUCUUGGCGGUCGGUGUAGGACCUCUUUUCCAAGCGCCGCUGAUUGGACUCCAAGCGGCGGUGUCUAAAGAUGAGGGUGCGAGCGCAUACGCGGUUGCCAUCUUUCUACGAACCAUAGCUUCUACCAUUGGGUUGGUCGUAGGGCAAGUCGUCAUCUCCAAUGGGAUAAAGCAAAAGGCAAGUUUGUUGGUCGCAGCUGGUAUCCCGGAAGACCUUGUCCGCAGACUGCAGCGAGAUGUUUCUACGCUGGUACAGUUUGGGAAGCUCGGAAGGUUGGGAGCACAGACGCAACAAGUCGCUCUGAAAUCAGCUGUGACGUUCUCAUUGAGCCGUGUGUGGGUCGUUUGCACUGCGGUGGCUGCAGCUGGUUUGGUGGCAAGUCUUCUGAUCGAAGAUCUUCCCCUCUCAAGGGACACACCCAUGGAAGAAAGCGAGUCUGGGUCGUGA